ACUUCAUUUUGGAAAUCAUAAAACUUGUAGAGUAAGUUGUAGAUACAGUAAAGAGCUCAGGGACUUACUGUCUAAAUAGACCAAAGCUUUACCAUCUUGAUAUUUUGUUGUCAAGUAUGUUUUAAGGACCCUUUAAUGGUUACUGAGUAUAUGAGACUUUUGACGUGUGACAUUCGUCGAGUUCUAGUAUUAUUAGAUGGUGCAAUUUUCUCAUGUAGAUGAUAUUCUCAACCACUUAUUUUUGUGACAACGAAAGUUAUCGAGAAUACUUUGUUGCAAAAUUAGCGACUGUGCAGAUCACACUUUUUAGCUCAGUUCUCUCUUUUAGUUAUUAAAAUGUAAUUAUUCUCUUCUUUAAUUUAUUCUUUUUAAUUAGUAUUAUCUUUUCCUUUAGUCAGAUUAUAUAAUGCACUGUUUGCUAUUCUAUAUCAUGAUUGAUUGAGAAUCAUAGCACAUAUUACAGUUGAAUCUAAUGCAAAUUUUUAUCUUUAUUUUCUUCUAAAAGUUUUUUCUUUUGUAAAUGAUUCGUCGUGCAUGUAAGGUGUAAAAAUUUAUCAGUGAUUGACUCUAUUACGAUAUAGACACUAGUAGCUGGCUACUUUAAUGCGAAAUAGGUCCAAAGGCAUUUAAUGAGAAUUGAACCAAUCGAUGGCCGCCUAAACAUUUAGAUUUCCACCCAUUUCUUUUUCAGGUCCCCACUUGGACUAAUUUUUGUCAUAGCAUAGGUAAAUUAUGCAAAUUAGGAGUAAAUAGGGGAGGGGUUCUUUCCCCCCUUUUUACUGGGUAUAACUCUUCUUACACAGUCUCUAAACUUUGCCGUAUAUUGCAAUUUCAUCUCUGACCGUCAAUAAAAAAGAAAAGGAACUAAGUUUUUCCCGUAAAAUGGCCAGUUUACUGAUUAUAGGGUUAAAGGUCAUUUUAGAGGAAGAACAAUCAUGUUUUCAUUAGCAGCCAGGGAUAAAAUUGCAAUAUAUCGGAAAAUUUAUGGAACUCGUACACCAAGUUCGCCAGAACAUCGUUUAGGAGCACCCAAGCAAAGCAUCUAUCUCUACAUGGAAUAAAGUGUUCGCCUUUUCUCUUUGGACACACUUUAAGAUAUUGCAAUGUGGAAGGAACAAUCCUAGAAACUUCCUCUCCAUCUCACUUUUCCUACUGAAAGGCAAAACCAAGGAAGAGAACUUUUUAUCUGCUCUAUCGUAUUUUGAUCAGUAAAAUGGGUAAUAUAAUCGGCGGCCUAUUUCAUCGCCCUCAGGUAGAGCGGCGGCCGAUGUUAAGGACUCAACGAUCAAUAAGACAGCCAGGUGCUGAUCCGAAAAGGAAGCUGUUAACGAAGAAAUAUGCACUUAUUCCUGAUAACUAUACUUCACUUGAACAGGUUACGGCAGCGUUGGGAGAAUUAGGCCUUGAAUCAUCAAAUCUCAUAGUUGGCAUUGAUUUCACCAAAAGCAAUGAGUGGACAGGAAAGCGUUCAUUUAAUAAUCAGAGUCUACACACAAUUGGUAACAGACCCAAUCCUUAUGAACAAGCCAUUACUAUUGUCGGCAAGGCUUUGGCUCCGUUUGAUGAGGACAAUUUGAUUCCUUGUUUCGGAUUUGGUGAUUCAACAACACAUGAUAAAUAUGUGUUCAGCUUCCACCCUGAUAAUUCUCCUUGUCAAGGCUUCGAGGAAGUUUUAGCUUGUUAUCGAAAAAUCGUUCCGCACUUGAUAUUAGCAGGGCCUACUUCAUUUGCACCGAUAGUAGAGGCCGCGGUCGACAUUGUCGAGAGAACCGGUGGCCAAUAUCAUGUGUUAGUCAUAAUUGCCGAUGGCCAGGUUACUCGGAGCAUCAAUACAAGUGCUGGAGAACUCAGCCCACAGGAGAAGAACACGAUUGACGCAAUAGUCAUGGCGAGUUCAUACCCGUUAUCGAUUGUGUUAGUUGGAGUUGGCGAUGGACCGUGGGAAGACAUGCAGAAAUUUGACGACAAGAUACCGGCGCGAGAUUUCGACAAUUUCCAGUUUGUGAACUUCACUUCUAUCAUGACGAGAAACAUAAGCCAAGAGCAGAAGGAAGCAGCUUUUGCUCUCGCAGCUCUCAUGGAGAUACCGAUUCAAUAUAAAGCCGCCGUCGAGCUCGGCAUUCUAGGGCGUGCCACCGGAGGCGGAGGCAGAAGAGUAGUAAUUUUUCCGCCCCCCAUACCUCAUGCCCAGAGACAACAAUCUUUGAGGGGGGCGCCUGAACCCGUGCAAUCGGCAAGCGAUGAAUCGAACCAAGUUUGCCCAAUCUGCUUGACGAACACGAAAGAUUUGGCUUUUGGUUGUGGUCAUAUGUGUUGCAGAGAAUGUGGGGAGCACUUGUCGAGAUGCCCGAUCUGCCGCAACGCUAUAACGUCGCGAUUAAGGUUAUACACCGGAUAAUCGCGCGCCGCCGUCGUAAAUAUUUCAAUUCCUGAUCUUGUAACGGCGCAAAAGAUGGCGGAAAUGAAAGGAUUUACAGCAAAAUAAAGUUUUUAGCCUUCUGAUGUGUAUGACUCGAUUUGCGGAAACAAAUCGCGUAAACGGUUUCGGCGGUCACCGUCGGUGGCCAGGGACUGAAGUUGAAGUGUAUAAAUAAAAAGUGUAGGGGCUCACUCAAAAUAUCUAGAGAGUACAGGGCCUUUUGUACAUUUUACUCACACAUAUAUAUAUCCUGUAACUUUGAGUUGUACAGCUAAGUAAAGCUUGUUUUAAGUGAUCUCUGGUUCUUAAAACUAAUGAAAUAAUAUGUGAGGUUUUGGUUGUUUUUUUCU